GUUCAUUUGGGAAGAACUUUGGAGUGGAGAAGGCUGGCAAAACUUUAUAAGGUGGAGGUAACCUAUAUACUUUCCUUGUUAACAAUGGCUCUCGGGUAUGCCGAGAAGCUCUCGUUCAAGGCGGAUGUCGGCAAGCUGGGCAUGCCAGAGCUCUUCGACCCCGCGCAAGACGUCGACCGCAAGAUAGCGCAGCUUGCUCAACUCAUACAAGAGAGCAAGCAUCUGGUGGCUUUCACAGGCGCUGGGAUAUCGACAUCGUGUGGCAUUCCAGACUUUCGUGGCCCCAAAGGAAUUUGGACGCUCCAGCAUGAAGGCAAGCCGUUACCAAAGGCCGAUGUCCAGUUCCACCAGGCAAGACCUGGAACCACUCAUAUGGCGCUGGUGGAGCUUGUUUGUGCUGGGAUUCUCAAGUUUAUCAUCAGCCAGAACAUUGAUGGUUUGCAUCUGCGGUCGGGCAUUCCCAGAGACAAGCUCUCGGAGCUGCAUGGGAAUAGUUUCAUGGAAACAUGCCCUUCAUGUGGACGAGAGUAUCUACGUGAUUUCGAGAUGGAAACCAUAGGCAUCAAGCGCACGGGAAGGCGAUGUUCUGUUCCCGGCUGCGUGGGAAGGCUUGUAGAUACGAUUGUCGAUUGGGAGGGAGCAUUACCUCCUAAAGAACUACGUGCAGCUGAGAAGCAUUGCAAGGAGGCCGACCUCAUUGUCUGCUUGGGAACCAGCUUGCAGAUCACUCCAGCGUGCAAUCUGCCUCUGAAAACGGUGCGAGCAGGAGGGAAGCUCGUGAUUGUCAACCUUCAGGCGACACCAAAGGAUAAGAAGGCAACGCUAGUUAUCCAUGCUCGAGUCGAUCAGGUGAUUCUUGGUGUCAUGAGAUUGCUAAACAGGAACAUCCCUCCUUUUAUACGCCUUGACCACCUUCUAGUCUGUUGUUCCUACUCAUGGUUGAAUAACUGUGUCAAGUGGACGCUGCGCAUAGAAAGUCCACACGGAAACAAGGCACCUUUGCAAUUUAUCAAACACGUCGAGGUAGAGUUUCCUGACAGGCCCGACUUUAAGCCGGCUUUGCUCAAGGAGCGGCCUUACGUCGUCCGAAGGAAGGCGGUAGAACUGAAGGCUCUCGACGUGCUGCUUAAGCUCCACAUGUCCGACGGGUGUAUGUGCGAAGAGGUCGAAAUUUUGCAUCCUCUCAGCUUCGAGGGUGAAGCCGAGAAACAGAAACAGCUGCCUCAAGGCCCAGUCGAUCUGUCCGCCUUGCAACGAGAAAAGGUGCAGUGCGGGCGUGUGGUCCUGUUGGACGUGAGAAAGUCGUCCGAGUAUGGCACCGCAGUCGAGUAUGCGCUAGUAACGUGCGUGACCGGUGGCGUGGAGCAACAAGGCAAAGCCGAGCCCGGUUUCCUCGAGGAGGAGGUGACAAGACCGCCUUGUAGCAACGGCAAACAAGAGAUUACUUGUACAACCUCCCUGGAAGCCAGUGGUGAAGAAGCCGCAAGUUUGCUCGACCGCGAGAUGACGAGACCACCGCCACAAAAUCAAGACAAGAAGCAUCACAAUCGAAUCGAAGAACUAACAGAGACGAAACCGAGGAUUCGCAAACGCGCACGGCUACGAAGCUAGUGUGUGCAAAGUUGAUAGUUUGACGAGUUCUUGGUUUGGAUCACUCACGGCGAGCUAUGAGUUCCUUGGGACAGUGGUCGCGAUCUUUAAGAACAAGUAGUAGAGAAACUUUGUUGAAAGGAUAUGGAGUUCUACUCA